AGCUCGCUGGCUGUGAAGCCCCUUAGGUUAAAUCCUGCUCAAAUACUGCUAACAAAAGGCCGCUCUCAGAGGCAGGAAAUCACUUGUUAGCUUCGCUCGCGCAUAUGGCAUCAUUUCAAGAGAACAGGCAGAAGCACCAUCAUACGAAGAAGAAGAAAGAUAAAAAAGGGGAAACAUUAACAGUUGAGGAUCUUAAAUUCUUAGGUCUCCAGCUUCUCUCAUCCAGGGCUCACAUAAAUAAUCUUCCCAUCCUCCUUUCUGUUCUAUCACCAACUUCUUCGGCUAACCUUGUACUAGAAUCCCUUAUCUCCCUUCAAUCGUUCUUCCUUCCGCUUCUCCCAGAAGUUCCCUCCGCUUCCUCGCUUUCCAAGAAAACUGGAGCAGAGGAGGAUCCAGAUGCCUUUUACAGCUCUUGGCUUCGUGCUAGGUUCGACGAGUUGGUGAACUCGCUGAUAGAGAUUGCUGUUUCAUACACGUCUGUUGAGGCUAUUAAAGAUGUGGCCCUGGAUGCAAUUAUGGAUUUCGUGAAGCAGGAAAAAGAGGGAAGGUUUAAUUCUUCCAUUUACUACAGACUUCUCAAGAGCAUAGUAAGCAGUGCACCUUCUACUCAUCCGCUAUUGAACCAGCUUGCUGCAAAGUAUUUCAAGUACAUAGAUAUAUGUUAUUUCACCUACACUAGUUUGGACAAAAUUUCAAAGGACUGCAACUCAACCACCAUUUAUGGCACAACAGAUGACAGAAAAGAUAAUUUGCAGAAUCCUGGUGAGGAAACUGAAUCAAGGUUUGAGGUUUCCAUUCGCACAAUCUAUAAAAUCUUAUCAUGUGUACCACCUUUGGAAACCUUGGACGAGCAACAAAGUCAUGAGAUGUGGAGUCAGCUACGCUUGUCACCGAAGGAUGAGAACAAUAAGUCUUCCAAUGUCAUUGAUGUAGAGGUAGGUCUUUUGGGAUCAAAGAUGUUGUCAAAAGAUCGUAUCAUGAAGAAAUUCAAACUAAGAUUUACCAAAGCUUGGUUAUCUUUUCUUAAGUUAUCACUUCCGCUUGACGUGUACAAGGAGGUUCUUGCUACUCUCCAUCAGAAUGUGAUUCCUUAUAUGUCCAACCCCGCCAUCUUAUGUGAUUUUUUAAUUAGAUCUUAUGACAUUGGUGGUGUCAUCAGUGUCAUGGCACUUAGCGGUCUCUUCAUUCUGAUGACUCAACAUGGUUUGGAGUAUCCUAAAUUUUAUGAGAAGCUUUAUGUAUUAUUGAAACCAGAUGUAUUUAUGGCCAAGCAUCGUGCUGGCUUUUUCCAACUCCUCGAUACCUGUUUGAAAUCUUCAUAUCUACCAGCAUAUCUUGCGGCAGCAUUUAUCAAAAAACUAAGCAGAUUGGCUCUAUCAGUACCACCGUCAGGAGAGCUGAUUAUUAUUGCUUUAAUUCAUAAUCUUCUCCGGAGGCACCCUUCAAUCAACUUUUUGGUGCAGCAGCAAGUUGAUGAUCUUGUGAAUGGGGAUGCUUCUGCCGAAGGUGAUGACUUUGAAGAGUAUGUAAUGAAGUCUAAUGCAGAUCCUGCUGUCCAAAGUAUGAAACAUUGUAUUGAUCCAUUUAACAAUGAGGAGGCAAACCCUCUUAAAUCUAAUGCAAUGCGAAGUUCUUUAUGGGAAAUCGAUACUCUCCGUCACCACUAUUGUCCUGCCGUUUCUAGAUUUGUGGCUUCACUUGAGAAUGACUUGACUGUAAGGGCUAAAACAUCUGAAAUGGCCAUUUCAGAUUUUAGUUCCGGUUCCUAUGCCACAAUCUUUAGAGAAGAGGUUCGGCGCAGAAUUAAACAAUGCCCAGUUGCCUUUUACAGGGAAACACCGACAUGUCUGUUCAAUGAAUCAGAUUUUCCAGGUUGGUCAUUUGGAGAUCAUCAGCAGGUUGGUGUUGAAGAAAAUGGAAAUGGAGUUGACAGGGUGGUGGGAAAAAUAACUUUGGAGAGCGAAGAUCGAGAUGUGAAGAGGCUGCGGAUAGAGAGUUAUUAAUUGUGGUCAUUCCAGGACUGAUGAUUUCUUUUUUUUUUUUUUUUAAUAAUACAAAAUGUGCACGAAUUUUGGCGGAUGAUUUUCUUUAGGUGUACAGUGGCUAGGAAGAGGGCGAGUGAAAUCUGCUCUCCAAAUAUGGCAUUAUUACGUCCGGUGUCCGGAUGAUUCAUCCGGAUUGGUCAUCCGGACACUAAUCCAGACGUGCCAUGUCAAUCAAAUAUAUCGGGCCCCAACGUAUUUUGAUGAUGUAGCACAUCUGGAUUGGAUAUCCGGUGACCGUAAUUCGCCCAAAUAUGCCAUCAAAUUUUGUAGUUUUCAGGAGAUUGCUAGUUAUGUUAAGUUUGUCUGUGAGAAAUUUGAAGCAUUUGUUAUUCGAGUGUAAAAUUACGAUUGGUUUUUGAACUUGUUUCAAUUGGAAAAUCGUCAUUUUUUAAAGAA